ACCUCAAUUGAUUCCCUACCCCCCUUUGCUGGGAAGAAAUUGGAGCGAUAGUCACGGCACGGUACGUUUCCUCCUCCUCCCUCUCCCCUACGGGACUACCGGUAGACCUAUAGUGCUGGAGGGAGGGAGCAAGAAGGAAAAGGGGGUCGAAACAUCCAAUAUCAACCAUUUCUCACAUGUCCCUAGGCCGCCUACAACUUACAAUUCGACCCCAUCACGAGAAUGUCCCUCGUAAACCUCGGCCACUUCUGCUCGCACUUGCAGAAUGCCUCGCGCUCGCGCCUCUCCAUAACCUCCAUCAUGCCGUCGAAGUUACACUUGGGCAUCGCAUUAGCACUUCAAGACCAGGGCUUCAUAUCCUCCGUGACCCGGGGCGACACCGCGGGCCCGGACGCCGAGGAGACGCCGACGACACGGGAGAACAUUGCGAGGAGAAGGCUUUGGCUCUCGCUCAAGUAUCACGAUAACGAGCCGGUGCUUUCGGGGAUGAAGCUUGUGAGCAAGCCAACGAAGAGGGUACAUAUGGGGGUUCGGGGGCUGGAGAACCUGGCGGCGGGAAAGCAGCAUGAUUUCGUGCAAUCGUUAGGGGCCGGGGAGAUUAUGCUUCUGUCGACGGAUAGGGGGGUUAUUCUGGAGGCUCGGCAGGCUAUUGAGAUGAGGAUUGGGGGGCUGCUGUUGUGUCGAGUGAGGUGAAUUGUGGAUAUUUGAAUGGUUACAUUUUGUCCCCCCAGCUACGGAGUACAUAGGGUUCACGGGGGAUAUACUCGGAGGCCACGUUCUCGCGGGAAAGCAGGAGCGAGGGCGGAGGGAAACCCCUUUUAUAUGAUAUAAUAGUGCAAUGUUUUUCCGGUUUUUUUUCUAGCGGAUGGGAUACAAACUAGGGGAAAGGAAGAGGGAGAUGGGGUUGCCCCAGGUAUCUUGAACCCCCCCUUUCCAGUGUUUUCCGC